GCAGCCUCGUGUUCUUGGGCAUUUCAUCUAAAACCCUCUCACUGGACAGUGUAUGACCAAACCAGAGCUGAUCUUCAAGUUGGAGCAGGGAUUAUCACCAUGGAGUGUAACAGAAAGAUCAGUUCAGAGGCUUCCAGCAGAAUUAAAAGAGGAACAGCAAAUCCACUGGAAUAAGCAUUAUGAACAUAACCACUGCCAGAAAUCCUUCUGUCAACAGUCACUCCACACUCAGCCCCAGAGUAAUACAUGUGUGACUAUGGACCAUACCAGUAAGAAGAAACACCAGCUUUAUAAAUGUGGGGAACGUGUCCCCACGUCACAGCUCACUGUGUGUCAGAGAGCCCAAACAGAUAAUAAGCCUUAUGACUGUGGGAAAGAUUUUCCCAGCAAGUCACAACUAAGUCAGCAUCAGCAAACUCAUACAGUUAAAAACCAGUACGAAUAUAGGGAAUGUGGGAAAGCUUUUCUCAGAAAGUCAGAACUCAGUGUGCAUCAUAGAAUUCAUACAGGUGAGGAGGUUCAUGAAUGUAGGGAAUGUGGGAAAGCUUUUUCCAGAAAGUCUCAUCUGAUUCCGCAUCAAGGAACCCACGGAGGUGAGAAGCCAUUUGAAUGUGCUGAAUGUGGUAAAACUUUUUCGUGAAAGUCAAAUCUCACUCAGCAUGAGAAAACUCACACUGAGAAGCCAUAUGAAUGCAUUUAUUGUGGGGAUCUUUUUCGCUCCAAAAAACAGUUUGCUGCACAUCUGAGAACACAUAUAGGUGAAAAACCUUACAGAUGUAAUGAAUGUGCAAAAGCUUUUCCCAGCCGGUCAUCACUCACUGUGCAUCAGAGAUCCCACACUGGAGACAAGCCGUAUGAAUGCAGUCAGUGUGGGAAAGCUUAUUCCACAAAGUCACAGCUCACUGUGCAUCACAGGAUCCAUACUGGUGAGAGGCCAUAUGGGUGUCAUGAAUGCGGGAAAGCUUUCAGAAGCAAGUCACAACUCACUGAGCACCAGAGAACUCAUAGGAGCGAGAAGGCUUCAAAAUGCAGUGAGUGUGGGAAAGGUUUUGCCAACAAAUCACAACUCAGACAGCAUCAGAGAACUCAUACAAGUGAGAAGACAUGGAAAUGCAGUCAGUGUGGGAAAGCUUUUGCCAACAAAUCACAGCUCAGACAGCAUCAGAAAACCCAUACAGGUUUGAAGCCAUACGAAUGUCAUGAAUGUGGGAAAGCUUUUGCUUAUAAGUCAUAUUUCACUAUCCACCAGAGGAUACAUAGAGGUAAAAAGACAUAUGAGUGCAAUGACUGUGGGAAAGCUUUUGCCAGCAAGUCACAACUCACGGUGCAUCAGAGAACCCACACAGGCUUGAAGCUCUAUCAGUGCAAUGAAUGUGGGAAAGCUUUUACCACCAUGUCACCAUUCACUGUGCAUAAGAGAGUUCAUACAGGAGAGAAGCCAUAUAAGUGUGAUCAGUGUGGAAAAGCUUGGACCAGCAAGUCACAACUCACUGUGCAUCAGGUAAUACAUUCAGGGGAGAGGCCGUAUAAAUGUAAUGAAUGUGGAAAAGCUUUUUCCAGCAAAUACCACCUUAAUGAUCAUAAGAGAAUACAUAUAGGUUUCAAGCCCCAUAAAUGUAGUGAAUGUGGGAAAGCUUUCUACUUCAAGUCCCACCUCACUGAGCACCAGAAAAUCCAUACAGGUGACAAGUGUCAUAAAUGUAGUCAAUGUGGGAAAGCUUUUUACUUCAAGUCCUAUCUCACUGAGCAUCAGAAAACUCAUACAGGCGAGAAGCCAUGUGUGUGCAGUCAGUGUGGGAAAGCUUUCCUCAGAAAGUCACAUCUCACUCAGCAUCUGUUAAUUCAUACUGGUGAAAAGCCACAUAAAUGCAAUCUGUGUGGGAAAGCUUUUGCUACAAAGCCACGACUUGCUGUGCAUGAGAAAAUUCACACUGGUGAUAGGCCGUACAAAUGCAAUGACUGUGGAAAAGCUUUUUCUAUAAAGACAUGACUCACUAGGCAUCAGAGAAUGCAUACAGGUCAAAGGCCAUAUGAAUGCAACGAAUGUGGGCAAGCUUUUUUCAGAAAGGACGUUCUUAUUCAGCAUCAGGAAACUCAUACAUUCAAAACCAGUUGGAAUGUAUUGGAUUGGUAAAUUGUUCCAACAAGUCAUAACUUGCUUUUCAUCAUUGAUCCUAUACAGUUGCAAAACCAUACACAUGGUCACUGUGCAUUGGAAUACCCAUAUAUGCUGAAAGUUAUUAAUAUAAUAAAGGUUACUGGAAUCCAUAGCUUACUGUGCAUCAAAAGAACUACAGAUGGCAAUCCAUACGAACAUUACAAAUAUGGUGGAACUUUUCCCCAUCCAUUAGUACCCACUAUGCAUGAUAUAACUUGACCAGGUAAGAUGAUACAGCUAUAAUGAAUGCUGAAAAUCUUUCUGUAUGAAUUCAGAAUUCACUGUGCAUCAGAAUUUAUAGAGGUGAGAUGCCACGUGCAUAUGGUAAAUGUUUUUCACGUAAGUUACGUCUCUGUGUCCGAUGACUAAAUGGCAAAAAGCUAUAUAAUGGCCAUGGAUCUGGAAAAGUUGUUUCCCAAGUCACAGCUCAUAUUGUGUCAGACAGAUUGUGCCGAUGAAAAUGUGUGGGAACGUAGGAAAGCUCCCAAAAGUAAUAGC